CUCACAGGUCAUGAUAAGGUUUAAAUUUUACCCUAUCUUUCAUUAACACUACCACAACAAAUAAUAUUCGAAGCGAUCAACGACUUUACCAACCGAAUGGCGAAAGUACUUCAACCUGGCGUCUUAUAUUAAUAGAGUUGAGAACGAAACGGAGAGUAUCGCUCUUCAGCAACUAUCCAAACCUCAAAACCAUUCUCGGCAGGAUUCUGAAGGCAAGAUGAAGUUCUCACAUUCACUUCAAUUCAAUUCGGUCCCGGAUUGGGCUGAUAAAUACAUCAAUUACUCCAAUUUGAAAAAGACAAUCUAUCAAUUGGAACAAGAUCAAACAAGUGGUGAUGCACUGGCCGAUUCUGCAAGCGGUGCUGCUCACGAUGAUGAUAUCGAACAUGAAUCAGCUGCUCUUUUAACUUCAAGCAUGUCUACUGCUGAUGCAGUCUUUGUACCAAUGCUCGACAAAGAACUACGAAGGAUCGUAGGAUUUUAUGGCAUGAAGGAAGCGGAUUUCCAGAAAUCGCUUGCAAAAUUACGAGAGGACCUACACAGAGCUGAAAGUGAAGACGUUUUCGAUCUGGAUGAUGAAUAUUCGGAUGAAGACGCAAUGAGCGACGCAGAGGGCGGAGAGGACGUGAACGAUUCUGCUCCUACUACCUACAAAGGAACACAGAAUACCAGAACCCGGAAAGGCAGCGUGUCAGAUCUCUUUACCGAUCCUCUGCGAUACAAUGAAGCAAGUCGACAACAUAGCGAUUUGCAUGGCUGGCACUCGGGUAAACCCAAGAUGCCACGUAGACGAAGUAGCAAAGCAGUCGAUGAUCUUGUAGAUGCUGAAGUCGCAAAUCCAAGCGCUGAGCCAAGUAGUAGUCAGAACAUGGAAGCAUCGACUGCUACCAUUCCCUCGCAAUCUAGACGGCUGAGCCAAUCCUUCUUGGAUGAAGAAGGACCGCGAGCAAGAAGAAGUUCCAACGCUGCAUAUACUAAUACCCCAGCACGCAAGUGGACUUCAAUGUUCAAAAGAAGACCAUCGGAACGCAAAACCUUGGGUCUGAUCUCUGCUGGUGGCAACCCUUCCGAGAUUGGUCGAUCGGCUGAAAGUGAAGCAGGUGCCAGUAGCAACUUUGGCGACAAGACUUUGAGUAUCUGGACAGCAGAAAAUGAUUGGGCAAUCGAUAUGCGAAUCACAUAUAAGAAGCGCAUCUCUGAUCUCUUUGUGGACAUGAGUGAAUUGAAGCAGUUUGUCUCUCUCAACGAAACAGGUUUCAAGAAAAUUUUGAAAAAGUACGAUAAAAUUCUCAAGAGCAAUUUGAAAGAACGAUAUUUCGCUGAAGUGAUUAAUCUUCAAUACCCUUUUCUGCCGGAAACCCGCGCUCGACUUGAAGAAAACAUUCAAGAGUUGACCGAAUACUUCGCAAAGGUUGUCACAAAUGGCGAUAUUCAGCAAGCAACUGCUCAAUUAAAGACCUUGCUACGCGAGCAAGUUGUCUGGCAACGAAACACAGUCUGGCGAGAGAUGAUUGGUAUCGAACGUCGAGCACAAGGAGCGACAUUAGAACAAACGGUGAUGAAAGCGACCCAAGACGGUGAACAGGCAAAACCAACCCGAAUCCGUACACCUUUUGGUGCGAUUACAUUACCAGCCUGGUUGGGUAUCAGUACAGUGCAACUGCUGACUGCGUUCCUCUUGCUCGUGCUUUUGCUCAAAGCACCUGGGCUGCGCUUCUUUAGCCGUGUUGAAGAACAAAAUUGUUUGGCAAUGCUGAUAUUCUGUACGAUCUUAUGGGCAACAGAAGUGAUCCCGCUUUUCGUUACUUCACUCUUGGUGCCAUUGCUUGUUGUGGUCUUACAAGUUGCUCGAACGGAUGAUAUCGAAGACCGAAGAAUGAGUGCGAGUGAGACAACAAAAUGGAUCUUUUCACAAAUGUUCCAACCCAAUAUGGUUUUGCUCCUCGGUGGUUUCACCCUUGCAGCCGCUCUUUCAAAAUACAGCAUCGACAAGAUUCUUGCUCAAAAGGUAUUACGAUAUGCCGGUACAAGACCCUCAAUCGUAUUGUUGGCACAUAUGGGAGUUGCUUGUUUCGCUUCAAUGUGGAUCUCUAACGUGGCAGCUCCUGUAUUGAUGUAUUCGCUCAUUCAACCGAUCUUGAGAAAUUUACCUUCUCGUUCACCUUAUGCAUCUGCACUAAUCAUGGGUAUCGCUCUGGCGUCCAAUAUUGGUGGACAAACUUCACCGAUUGCCUCACCGCAAAACUUGAUCGCCCUUCAAUACAUGGACGAACCGCUCGGAUGGCUACAAUGGUUCGCCAUCACAAUACCCGUUAGCGGUAUCAGUUUGAUCGUGAUUUGGAUCUUAUUGAUGUGGUCUUAUGGCAGCGGAAGGGGAACGGUGAUUAAAAAGAUGCCCGAAAGGCAUGAUCGUUUUACUGGCAUUCAAUACUUCAUCUCUGCUGUCGCUUUGGGAACGAUUGCUCUGUGGUGUUUGGAACGCAAUUUCGAGUACAUCUUGGGAGAUAUGGGUGUGAUCGCAAUCGUGCCUAUGGUCUUGUUCUUCGGAACGGGUAUCUUGACAAAAGAAGACUUUAACAACUUCUUGUGGACGAUUGUGUUCUUAGCCAUGGGCGGUAUUGCAUUGGGCAAGGCUGUGACGUCGAGUGGAUUAUUGGCAAGUUUGGAUGAAUUGAUCCAGGAUCUGGUCAAGGGUAUGCCAAUCUGGCAAGUAUUGCUCAGUCUCUUAAGCAUCAGUCUAGUCGUUGCAACUUUCAUUUCUCAUACAAUCGCUGCUGUCUUGCUUGUUCCGAUUGCUGCACAAGUUGGAGACAGCCUGGCACAACCCCAUCCUCGUCUACUGAUCAUGGCCACCACUUUGACCGCAUCUGCUGCAAUGGGUCUACCCGUUUCUGGAUUCCCAAAUAUGGCUGCAUCAGCACAAGAAGAUGCAACAGGUAAACGGUAUAUCACUGUCAAAGAUUUCUUGCGGGUUGGUUUGUUAGCAAGUGUUUUGGCAACGUUGGUUGUCGGAUUGGUAGGAUUUGGUAUCAUGACACUUCUUAAACUUUGAGUACUUUUUUCAAUUUCCUCUAGAUCAAAUCAGUUCUUGCAAAUACUAUUCUACAUUUUGGGUGUAAACAGAAUCUUGAAUAAGAAGUGUAAGGACAAUCGUAAGUAGAGCAGAAGCAAUCGGAGUAGAAGUUCUGAAAGAUCCAUAAGAAUCAAGGAGAUCGAUAUAAGUGCCACAAAGAAAAUGAUUCCGACUGCUUUACAAAGCAAACUUACGCCUUCAGCUAAUUCUCCGUUUGCUUUAAGAGUAUAAGGUAUUUGAACAUCGGCCCAAGGUAUAUUAGAAAAAUUCCACCAAAAGAAGCUUUUUCAAACACCUAAUCUCCGACAUUUAUAUCCGCC